AUGGCCUCCGUGGAGGUUGAUAAACUCUCAGAACAUCUUCUUAAAUGCCCUAUCUGCCUGGAAACGUACACAACCCCCAAAGUCCUUCCAUGCUUGCACACGUUCUGUCAGCAUUGCCUUCAGGGACUCAUUCACAGUGGAGAAAACAGCAUCGUAUGCCCAACAUGUCGUUGUGAAGUUUCCGUCCCCAAAGAUGGCGUCGGAGCCUUGUCGACCAACUUCUUUAUUAACAACAUGUUAGAUUUCCUUUCUGUGGCCAAAAGUAAUUCCGAUCCAGUCAUCUGCACUAACUGUGAGGAGAAGAACAGAGCCACCUCGCGGUGCAUAGAGUGCAUGGAAUUCCUCUGUGCCCAAUGCGUUGCAGCGCAUCGCAGAACACGUUUGACCAAAGAACACGAGGUGAUCGCCUUAAAUGAUUUGCAAGCACAGAAAGAAGUCCAGGAAAAAUUGCACCGGCCCCUUCUCUGCACAGUGCACGAGAGAGAGGUGUUGAAGUACUUUUGUGAGACUUGCGAUGAACCUGUUUGCAGAGAAUGCCUGAUUAUCGAACACCGAGAACAUCACUAUGGUUAUUUGAAAGACGUGGAUAAGAAACAUCGUUCCGAGGUAAGCCUUUGGGUUUAGAGUGCAUUUAUAUUGGAUAGAAUAAGGGAUAUUCUACUAAACAACCUUUGAAAUUUCAACUGCUACUUAAACUGAGAGCAACUAGAGCUGGCUAUUGUUUAACGAACCUCUGGAAUGUUGACUGACAGCAUAUUGUCACAUCGAAAUACUCCCAAAGCACGUUAAUACACCUAGAGUAAAUAUGUUUUAUGCAUGAACGCUUUAGACAGAAAAUCCGAAAUUGAGGGUCCGGAAAUGUUAUACCAGCCGUAGGUUAAAUGAUGAACAGAAUUUUUCAAAAGCUGAUUUGUUCUUGGAAGGGUCGCCAAUGAUGCUAAAAACACUUUUCAAUGGUAAUUAAUUUUCAAUGGUCAAUUUAAUUUACUUAAAAGUAGAAUUCGUUCUUUUUAUUUCAACUUAUAGUUACCAUUUAUUUAGUCUCUUAGUUUAUAUUUCUUCAAUUUAUUUCUAAAAAGGUCGCAAAGAGAGUUCGUUUUCAAGUUAACAUUAACAGCUCGUUUUACCGAAUACUGAUCUAACAUUGUUUGUUUAUUUAAGUUCAUUGUUAGCCAUCCCCCCAACCCCGAUUUCCCUGAAAGUAUUUCUUUUCAUCUAUUCAUACAUCCGGGUGAUCGGAGCAACGCUCCAAAUAAUGGUGGCUUCAGCUUUAAAUAUAACAAUUUUGCUUAAAUUUCCAUCUCCGCUGGAAUUCCCCAUAAAGUAGGAAAGUAUGGCUUUUUAUUCGUAAAUCAUAAUUGGGUUCGUCCAGCAAAUUAAGAUGCAUGAGCACCGUAAUUGCCACUGUGUUUGUAAAGAAACUUAAAUUGCCUUUAUCUUAUAAAAGUAUUACAGUCCAGCUUCCAUGCUUCUAAGCUGGACUUGCAAUGCCCCCUUGCCUUAGUGAUUAUAGCUUUACCUCUGUCAGUAUUAUAAUGACAUACCAGGUGCUACUCAAAUUAAAUUCACCUUUUGCAUAAUUAACUUUUAUAAAAUUUUAUUUAACCAUUAACCAAGCACGUGUAAACGAAGUUAAUAAACUUAGUAAGGCCCCAUUAUGAACCAAAAGGCCCUUUAAGACUCACCUUCCAGUCAAGAAAUUCUUGAGUUUUUCAAUCUCCCAUGUUUUCUUCGGAACACAUCCAGUAUCAUGUAUAGCUUUUGGUAUAGACCUGGUAUAGUAAAUAGCCACACCUGUUAGUUCAGCGUCAGAUGUAACGUUGGAGACACAAAUGGUUCUAUUUUUUCCAGCUUAACCACCCCUGCUUACCUAAAAUGUAAAUGGUUACUACUUUCGACGAUACAGUCAAACCCCCAGGUUAAUACGCGCGGAUACUGAGGGGGUCAUAGAAAGUGUCCGUAUUAACGGGGUGUCCGUAUAAGCGGGUGGAAUUCAGAGAAAAUGUAAGGGCUUCCUUUCCCCAGGGACACAGCAAACUGCCCGUAAUAAUGAGACGUCCGUAUUAAACGUGUGUCCUUUAAGCAGGGUUUGACUGUAACUCUAAAUCUUUAGACUGUUCACAGUCCCCUAUUUUUCUGUGAGAUCGUCGAGAUAUAGCGCGUCCUACCAUUAAUGGCGGCCAUCUUGAUUUUUAAAUGUUCUGAGGGGGCGGGCGUCGGGGAUUAUAGCUCUAGUGGGAGGGGGGCGAGAAAAAUAUUUCUCGCUUCCUCCCAAACCGCCCCCCGCCCCUAAGUAGUUUUGACACUCAUGCAAAAUGGCAGCCCGUAACGCAAAGCGCUCGAUCUCGACGAUCUUAAGGGAAAAUAGUGGACUGUGAACAGUCUACCAAAUCUUUUAAUGUCGAUACCAUUGAUAGCCUUAAAGGUAUCUCAGAGAAGGCCAACUUAACUUGCCCAUUAUUCUCGUUACAGACGGAGAGCAAUGUGAUAACGCGUCUCUAAGCCAGUAUAAACGUCCAAUCGUUUAUUUUUCACUCAUUCAGUAGUUUAUUAGCUAUCAAUGCACUUUUGAUUUAUUUUUUCAUUCUUUCAAUCGUGUAACAUAAAUUGUUUUUCUCCCUUCUUUCUGGUUUCUGUUUACUUAGGUUGGUGUGUUGGUCAUGAACACAAAGAAAAGAAUCGGUCCACUUAAGGAGGCCAUCGAGAAAGUCACCGAAACGAAACAAAGGCUAGAUUACAAGCUGGAGGAAGUAAGGCAAGAGGUGAAUCAGAACUGCAAGCGCUGCAGAGAGGUCAUCCAAGAGAGAGAAGAAGAAAUACUAACUCAAGUUAACAACUUGUACCGCAUGAAGUCAAAAACACUAGAAAUACAAGUCGAGGAGCUUCAGCUAAUGUUAGGCAAUCUAAACAGCAGCAUCGAUUUCACGGAAAGUUUGCUUAGACACGGUAACGAAGCAGAAGUGAUGAUUGUAAAGAAACAGAUGACACAACGCUUGCAUGAACUAAACAAUUUGAAAUUGGAGUACUUGCCAUUGGAAGAUGCCCUCAUCGAUUACACGUUUUCCACGGACAAUUUUAGAAAGGCAAUCGAGCACAUCGGAGAGGUGAAAGUUUACCACGCCUAUCCACCUUACUGCUUUGCCACUGGUGUUGGAAUUCAUCGCGCCAAGGCAGGCUUGGAAGCUGUGUUUCUUGUCACUGCAAAAGACAGGAUGAAUGAAAUAUACAGCGGUAAAGGGGAACCGAUCAGUGUAGAGAUUGAGCCACCCGAGGGAGAUCCCGUCCCGAGUAGGUAUUUCUCUUGGAGUAUUCGCUGAAUAUACGAGUCAGAGCAACGUCGUUUCAAGUCUAUAAUAAAUCUUUUCAAUCUUUGCGACAUAAUACAGUUUUUAAAAACAAUAAAAUUAUGAUUGCUAAAACACUGAGAGGUUGGCUUUCAUUUACAGACCCUUAAUUCUCUUGCUUAAUCGCGCACGCGCUUUCCUUUGCCGAUUUAAGACUCAAACGUUCUCUUUCGUCUCAGUUUCUGUCAUAGACAAUGAAGACGGAACUCACACCGUGUCUUAUCAGCCAAUAGUAAGAGGAAACCAUCAGAUCACGAUUACUAUGAGAAAUUGCAACAUCAACGGAAGUCCUUUCAGUGUCAAUGUGACUGGCAGAAUGGACUUUGCCAAGGUUGGAAAGGUCAUGGCGUGCUUUGGCUGCGAGGGGACUGGAGGAGGUAAGAAAACAUGACAUAAAUUUCAAUCUAGUUCUUUGUUUUGUGCCCCUAUAAUCUGUGAGUCGCUCAACCAAUCAGUAAGGAAUCAAGUUUUUUUGUUCUUUUUUUUUUCCCUAAGCCACCUGCAUGAAUUAGCUUUGAAGACAUGUUUUGGUUCAUUUGAUUGCCUGCAUCUGUUGCGAUUGGCCAGACGGAAUAAUUACUGUAUUGAAUUUUGCUCUUUAACAUGCAACUAAAUGUUUUAAAAACUUAAGUUACGAAGGAGGGAGGACUAUGUUGAUUUUCUUUAGUUAGGGACUGUGCAAUAAUUAUCAGGAGGGAGGGCUGAAAAACUAGAGUUAGCUAGCAAAAACUUAGACAGUACCCCCCCUCCAAAACAAAAAAAAUUAGUUCUAACCCCCCCUCUGUUAUGUUAAAAAUAACGUCGCACCCCCCCUCCCACCACACUGGUAAACUCAAAACUGGACUGAGCUGCCAUCACAGCUUCAAUAAUGACAAACGUUAUUAUGUAACAUCUAGUAUCGAGAAGGAUGUUGAUCGCUUGAUUGAAGAUUUAGGCAAAGCAUUUGCUAAGUACCGGGGUGCUUACCACAUUGGCUCAAAAUCUAAAAUUUCUGAAGCCAGAAAGAUAAAGGAGCAGAGAAAAAAAUCAAAGAACAGGAGAUUGAACGCUUCAAAUAACAGACGAAAAAGAGCUUGCAUUAUAUUUAGAUCCCUGAGGGGAGAGCCAGUUGAACUUUGUUAUGAGCCACAUAUAUAUGGAAUUCUGCAAAUCGAUUCAGUCGAUGAAGAAACAUUACUUUUAUUCACAUCAAAAACCGACAAAGCUUGUCUACGAGAUCUGUUUGAUUCCCAUUGUUUUAUGGGGGAAGCUGAAAAACAAGUUCAUGAUUUUUGCUUUACAUAGGAUCAGCUCAAUUAAUUAGAAGACGGGUUAAAAUUGAUCAGUUGUGAAUUUGCUUUUCAUUUUGAUGGAAUAUUUUCAAUAAUCGUUUAACAGCUGUUCGUAUUGAUAUUUGUUACAGUCUAUCAUGAUGCCUGUAUUGAGAAUCUUUUAUUGCGUUUAAUUUUAUUUACAUUUCGAAUAAAACUUAAGGCCCCCCCCUCCGUCAAAUGAGUGAUUUUACUUUGAGCCCCCCCUAUCUUGGCAGCAAUUUUAUGUAAUGCCCCCCCCUCUGGUUUUAGGGCCCCCCUCCUGAUAAUUAUUGCACAGUCCCUUAGUAUUAAGGACCUUAAAUGGUUUUCACAUCUGAUUAUCUUUCUUUCUAGGUGAAUUUAACAUGCCUUGGGACGUAGCUAUUGACGAAGAAAAUCAUCAUCUUAUUAUAACAGACUGCAACAACCAUCGAGUACAGGUUUUUGACUUUGAAGGAACAUUUAUGUUCAAGUUUGGUGCAGAGGGGGCGGAAAAAGGCCAGUUUAGAAACCCCAAAGGAGUAGCUAAAGCUUCUAAUGGGCACAUAAUGGUCGCUGACUUCAACAAUCACCGAGUACAAGUUUUCAACGAGGACGGUCGCUUUAUCAGGAAGUUUGGUAGCUUCGGAGUUGAACGACCAGGCCUCAUGAAUCAUCCGUGCGGUGUGGAAUGCAUCGGAGAACUGGUGAUAGUUUCGGAGCAAGACAAUCACCGGGUGCAACUGUUUAACAUGAAUGGGGAGCCGGUUCGACAAUUUGGAUCCCAAGGCUUUUCUAAGGGACAAUUCAUAUACCCACAUCACGUAAGCGUGAAUCAGAGGGGAAGAAUCAUUGUGGCAGACUGUGUCAAUGAUCGUAUUCAAGUAUUUGAUAUGGAAGGAAAAUGUCUGUCAGACUUUGGAAAGGAAGGUAGGGCUUAACAACAAUAAAUAUGGUGAUGAUGAUGGUAACCUUAAUGACGAUGAUUGGUAAUUCCGUAUAUAAAAAAGAGUCAACCACCCCUAUAAAGAAGCUUCCUUACCAAAUUACCAAAAGGUACUGGACUAGUGAACAUGGUUUUUGCGAGUGUUGCAGUCCUCUGACAAUUUUGAACAAUCGUGAGAAUGAAAGUAUUUGGUGAUUGGCUUAAAUUUUUCUCUUAUACGUACACAAUGAAUUUUUCUGUCAUUUCAGUUUAAGGUGGUCCCUUCUUCAAAAGGUCACUUGUCGCCCCUUGUAAGGUAAUCCAAUAGAAUCUUCGAUUCUGGAUUCCACGCCGUGGAUUCCGGGUUCCAGCUACUUGAUUCCAGUCUUUUUCUGUGAAACUUGGAUUCUGGAUUCCAGUCUUCAGUGGGAUUCCGGAUUCCUUCGGUUGUAUUCCAGAUUCCAAAGCUCAGGAUUCCGGAUCGCACAAGCAAACAUUUCCCUGAUUCCCUUUCAUCGAGCAACCGCUGUCUUCUGAGUUGACUGUUCAGUCAGCAAAACUCAUCCUCCUUAAUUUGCUAAAUCAACUCUUACAUAUUGUUGAAACUAAGCUUUAUAAACACGCCAAUUUCUUAAAAGGAAGUAAACGUAUCGAAAUAUUUGUAAGUCGUAAUAUCCCUAAGUCGUAACUGUUAAUAUUGUUUUUCGUUUUGAAUAUACAUAUACUAACCAAGCGUUUCUUCUAGGCAAAAUCAUUUAUUUUAACUUUUGAAUCAAGUGGAAAUUAUAGACUAGAACUUAAAAAUAACAAAAAGUAAAAAAGAAGCAAUUUUGCACGCACGUGAAUGCCCUAUUAUGCAGGUUUUAAAUGAGCGUUGGCAAGUUAAUGAAUGUCGCGUGCAAAGUUUUAUGUCAAUUAAAAGAAAAGCAAAGGCAGUGCUGAGGUGUAGAUUGAAUAAAAUGACCGACUGUUACUUAGUUGUUCAGCUUACUGUAGAGUCGAAAUGUUAGUUCUCAAAAACACACGUUACGCAAUUUUAAGCAAAUGAUAAGCUUACCUUUCUAUGACUUGUGAUGUUGUGACAUUUCGCCGACUGCAUAAAAUGCAACGACCUGACGACAGGUCUUCACACCAAACUAGUACGCAAGCCUGGCGAUACCACUGCUUUCUUCCAGGACUACAGGGUUCUUUUUUUUGUCGUUCGGUCUCGUAACAAAACGAAUACUCAUCUGAAUGCAGGAAGCCAUUUAAUCGCUGUGAAUGAAUUUCCCCGGUAAUCUUCAAACUCGCACAAGGCUAGUCGCCUAAUUUCUCCAUGUAGGCAAAUAUUCACUUGCUGUAAGCCUAAGUCACCGUCAUUUAUCUUUACGAGGUCCCUUUUAGGUAUUAUUCGAGUAUUCUAUCCUUAUAUAUCUUCAUCGUACAAACGUACUCCAACGCAAAGCUGCGAGCAAAUCUUGUUCAAAUUUUCGCCAAGAGCCAGCCAAGUUUCCCGCCAAAACGAGCAUGGUGCAACAGGGCCUUGCACGUGAUCACUAGAUGUUCAACCAAUCAGCAGCGAUAAUGUUAGUCCCGUUUCUUGGCCUCUGAGCAAUCAAAGCUUUUUAUUUUACCUCGAUUGCGAAAAUAAAUUAGGAAAAUUAUUCAAAAGAAAAAUACCUUCUCUUUCUAUCUUCUUUUAAGACAGAACAUAUUUAUUUUUUGAAGGAUCCCAGAACGGAUUAUUCGAUGGCCCUGAGGGAGUAGCCUGUGACGACGAGGACAACAUCUUGGUCUGUGAUUAUCACAAUCACAGGAUACAAGUGUUCAAUUCUAAUGGCGAGUUUGUGAACACCUUUGGCGCCUUUGGUGAAGAUGAAGGCUGUUUCAAGAACCCCUGUGGCAUAGCAGUAACUAAGGAGGGAAAUAUUGUUGUAGUGGAUAGUGGAAAUAACCGGAUCCAAGUCUUUUAAAUAUUCUUUUUAUAACUACUACUUUUUCGGAACUUUCAUUAGUCGUCCAAACUUAUCUUAAAUGCCUUUAUCUGAUUAUUUCAUUUUAUACUUUUACUCAAUCAGCUCAAUCAAGUUUAUAACAAGUUUGUCUUUUCGAUACUUAUUUUAAAGUCACCAACGUUUUUAUCAAGACCACGUUAUAAUUGAAUUGUAAAUAAUUUAUGGCGUGAAAGCCAAGUUUUAGGUCAAGAUGACUGUGAGCUAUAGAUGUAAUCUAAGGUGCUGGUUUUCUUUCCUUCGAGGGCUAUAGUUUCUGUCUUCAGGCUCUAUCGUCGAAAACAUUUAAAAGUAUUUUUUUUGGAAGGACAGGGGCGGAUCCACGGGUUUUUUUUAGGAGGGGGUGCACUCGUCUCUUGCUCUACUUCAACACCAAUAAACCACAUAGUUCUUUUUUUUUGCAGAAUACCAGUUGUAUUAAAAAACCGCAAGUCAUCUCGGGGGGAGGGGGGGUGCGCACCCCCUGCACCCUCCCCCUAGAUCCGCCCCUGAAGGACAUAAUUUCAGAACUUGAAUUUAAGUGGCGGAAACACGAAGAGGAGGAAAACCCCUCCGCUGUAAGGGCAACGACUGAAACUCUACCUUUCAAGCUAGGCUGAUAGCCAAUCCUUACGCAAGUAUCAUCUCGAUCAUGUCUACCUCCAUUCAUUUAUCAACACUGAUUAUUUCCUGGCUGCAAUCGUUUCAUAUACAGUCAUUCUCAUAUUUAUGUUAUUUAAGCGCGGGUGGAAGUAUAUCGAUACAUUUUCAUAUUAAAUUUCAUUUUUUAAAGAAGAAGAACAAGAGGAAGAAAAAAGGAUAAAGAAAGAAAAAGUGAAUUAAUGGUCGCUUUUUCACGGGAUUGCUCGUAGCAAUGGCUCGUAUACAGUUGCCUGCAGGAAAGCUCGCAGUAAAAAACCACGCACUAGUGGCAUGCGUGAGAGAAGGGUCUCGUAUAGCUCACGUUACUCGCCACCAUAAAAAAUAGAGAGCUUGCUCGCAGACAAGUAUACCGUGGUCAAUAAGCCGUUCAAUAAAGCAGACUGUCAAACAGUGUACAUAAAACGCAAAUUCUAUUUCACAAAUUUGUCGUCGGUGCAUACUUUUGAGCGUCAAACCGGUAUAUACAAUUCACUUCGUUUUAGUUUUGAAAAUAACACAAAAUUAUGCAUGUGUAGUGUCACGUGAAGUUGAAAGGGUAA